UGUGGUGCUUUGGUUUACUUUGUCGCGCAUCGCUACGAUUACGACUGACGCCACGAAUGCGGUCUUAACCCUGCUGUGCUAUUCUGUAUUGCAGUGUAUUUAACUACUAAUAACGAGUUGGGCGUGAAAAAAAAUCCCAACAGCUGUGUCGCUGACUAUCUCUUCCAUACUCCGGCAGUUGCAGACCGACCGUAUUUGUCACUCGUUGAAUAACUUUUUCUGAAUUUCGCCAAUUACUACAAGUGUAGUAAAUUAUUAAAGGAGAUGAUUUACUAAAGUCUCCUACCUUGCAACAGUUUGACGACGGACAGGACUUGUGGACAAACGUAGAUAGUGAGCAUUUAAAAAAAAAAAAUUUGUUAUUUCGUCAAUUGCUUGGUAUUUUAACGGACGUCUGCUAUAAUUAUAAAGGCGCUUCUCCAUAAAUCCUGAAUAAACUUUAUGUGACAAACAACAAACACUCUAAUUUUGCCUUAAAUUCGAGUGAAGUAGUUAUGUGAAGUGGUGCCAGUGGUUGGCUUGGCUAUUGCUGCACGCACUGACGCGUCUGACACUCCCCUGCGCUGAAGGAUAGCAGUCACACAUACACACAUACCUAUCAACUACACAAGACACGUCACAAACUAAAAAUUUUCGCUUUCUGCCCUACCGGAGGCAGGCGUGUGAUGUCAGAAAAAUUGCGCGCGUUGAGUUUAACAAGCGGAAAUGUACAUGGACAGACAAAAGCAGUAACAGCAAGCAGAUCAGGCAAAGCAACAGCAAUAGCAACAGAGUUACAGAAUAUGGCAAACAGUCACACCAGCGUUAACACCACCACCAACACAGUGCCACAUAUUGGCGCACCCACUUUGAUAUCGACUACAUUGCAGCAAUUACCGCCACCGACGACACCCACAACACCCACCCCACAGUCUUUAGGUGGUGGCGGCAAUGAUGCGGAUGCAGCCAAUUCUCAUACUACAACUAAUGCUGUAAUGCUAGCGUCUGGCAUUGCUGGCAGUGAUACCGAGUCCACGUCGGACUACAAUGUUGGAGCUGCUGGCACAGGAGCUGUAGGCGCUGGUGUACAAUUAAACUUUCAUCUGUUGCCGGAUGGAGGCGCCGUCGGCACUGCUGGCGAUGGUAAUUCAAUAAUGAACUCAUCACAAAUAUCUGCCAACUCCAAUGAGUCGAUGCAGUUGUCGAGCAGUCCUGGUGGUGGCGGCGGCAGUGCUAGUGGAGUGGCAGUGGCGAGCAUUCAUGGAAAGUCUGUCGGUGGCAAGCAUUUGACCGCACACAGUGUGGCAGGGAAAUCCUGUCGCUUUCCUAAGCUAGAAGAAUGCGCACACUUUCACUAUGAGCGCGUACAGCUGGGCGCAUUUUCAGUGCGUCUGGUCGACGAUAAAUCCGAACUACUCAAUAGCAGUAUAGCAUCACAAUCGAUUGGUGGCGAUAUUGCCGGCAGUCAACUGGGGCAGGCGCUCAGUAGCAGUGGCACCGGCCCGUCAUCCUAUCGUUCCUUCUCGCCAGCGAAUUGUUGGUUCAUUAUUAAAGUUUUUCCUCACAGCUGUGAUCCGUUUCUAGUAAAACGUUCCUUUGACAACAUGCAAAUGUUAGACGAAAUGUUGCAUCGCUGCGUUUAUGAUCGUAAAAUAAGCGGCCUAAAGAAUUUGGAAGAAAUGGAUUUCAAGAGCGAAGAAGAUGUGGAAUAUGCGGUAGCUAAAUACUUGGAGCGCUUCUCAAAGAUCGCUUCAGAUUCGCUGACCUGCGGCACUAUCCUCACUUGGUUGCAAUUGGACAAUAAGGGUCGACGAUUGCCACUAGCCGAUGGCGAUACAAUGCGCACGAUCAACACACCCGCUGUAGGCGCAGCCUACGGUGUACGUCGCUAUCAGGCACAAGCUUCCGAUGAGAUUUCAAUUGAAGUAGGCGACAUGAUUUCAGUUAUUGAUAUGCCCAGUCCGGCUGAGUCGAUCUGGUGGCGCGGUAAGAAGUCGCAUUUGCAAAAAUCGCAGUACGAGGUCGGUUUCUUUCCGCAAUCAUGUGUGGCCACGAUCGGUGAUAAGGUGCCACGGCAUUUUCCUUUGCCCGCUCCAUUGGUGGGUCAGUUGGAUGUCUCGCCAACGAAGCCAGUAUUGCGUAAACACGGCAAGCUCAUCGCUUUCUUUCGUUCGUUCAUACUGUCACGCCCAUCACGACGUCGUCUCAAGCAGAGCGGCAUCUAUCGUGAACGUGUCUUUUCGUGUGAUCUGUCGGAGCAUUUGCUUAACAGCGGACAAGAGAUACCGAUGGUUCUGAAGUGUUGCGCGGAAUUCAUUGAAGAAUAUGGCAUUGUUGAUGGCAUCUAUCGACUUUCGGGCAUUACAUCGAACAUACAAAAACUGCGAAGAGCCUUCGACGAAGAACGUAUACCAGAUUUGGGUAAUCCAGAGAUGAAACAAGACAUACACGCAGUUAGUUCUUUGCUGAAAAUGUACUUCCGCGAAUUGCCGAAUCCUUUGUGUACAUACCAGUUGUAUGAUAACUUUGUCGAGGCUAUACAAGAGAAAAGCGAGUCGAACGAACGGCUGCGUCUGAUGAAGGAAACGGUGCUGAAAUUGCCACCACCGCAUUAUCGCACUCUCAAAUAUUUGGCUGAGCAUCUGAAUCGAAUCUCGCAGCAUUCUGCACGCACCAGCAUGACUGACAAGAAUCUUGCGAUUGUCUGGGCCCCAAAUUUACUACGCUCUCCAGCACUGGAGUCUGGCGGAGUGGCCGCUCUGCGCGGUGUAGGCGUACAAGCCGUUGUCACUGAGUACCUGAUACGCAAUUGUCACAAUAUUUUCGACGCCUUCGAUGACAUGAAUGUGCGAUUGAGUUACAUCGCGACAGCAGGCGCCACACCGGCCAACGAGACGCGUCUGGAUUCUUUAACAGAUUGUGAGAGCUUGCUGGUUGAACAACGAGAACACGAUCAAUCGCUCACCUAUAUGGAGCGUCCAAAAAGCCUUAGCACAGGCGGACCGAAACUAAUAAGUUUGGAAGAAGCACAGGAGCGCCACUCACGCAUCGAUGGCCUCGAUAUGAAGACUUCGAUGCCAAUUAAUAUGGUGGCCAGCAAUGCGGCCAAUAUUGGUUCAUAUAUUGAGGUUGGUGGUGGGCCCUCCAGCCUGCCCGACAAAUACCACACAGUGUUAUCCGUGCCACGUAGCUGGCAAAAACGGAAAACGCAUUCAUGGAAAUCGCUUUUCACACGCAAUCAGCGACCGAUAAGUAAUGGCGGGCAUGAUAUGAAGACUGGUGUCGCUGUGGGUGCAGUAGGCGUCAGUGAUACGCCGCCAGCGCGUCAUAAAGAUGGUAGCCACACACAGGUCACCUUUGCUGAGGCGGAUUUAAUCAUUACGAACGCCGGUAAGGUUGGCAAAGCAUUGCACAAACAGGAAAAAACGAAAUCGAUUGAGCUAUUUGAGACUAGCAGUCGACGAGACGAAGUGUCUGGCAAGCCAAUGGAAGUAUGUGUGCGCUCGAACUCCAUCGACAGCCUGCGAACUGCUGGCCACUCGCGCUCAGUCUCGCAUGACUCCUAUUUCGAUCUGCUGCAGUCGCCACAACGCGGGCACGUAACCACUUGCCCUUCGCGUGAGCUCUCAGAACUUGGUUUGAACUUCGACCGCGAAGAGCCAGAGAUGCGCAUCUUCUCCGAGAGUGAGUCGCUGGUAAGUUCUCCACGUGUUGGCAAGGAGAAUAUACCGCCAUCGUCGGGCGCAGCUUCACGACGCAUAUUGCGUGCGCGCCCCGAGGAAUUCUCCAGUCAAACGAAUAGCGUGAAUCCGAGUCCCAAAAAGCAACCACGUCUAAAUUUGCAUCUAUCGCCAAGCGCUGCUUCGGCACUCGCGCACAAUUGGGCACAACAAGGCACCGGUGUAGCUGGAGUACCAGCAGGCGUAGGUGUAAUGCUCGAUGCUGCCGGCAACGAGGUGGCCUGUCACGAACAUCACGCUCAUCUCUCCAGCGAUGAGAGCUGUUGCAAACGAUACAAGCUGGAGGAUCAAUUAUCCGAUAUACAAUUCAUUGACUGCGGCACACCCGAGCAUGCCAUAGCCAAUCCACAGACACUGUAUGCUAGCGUUCAAGUGCAUGCGCCACCCAAGUCAGCAUUAUCCAAAAACUCACUGUAUAGUUCAACGGAAAGCACCAACAAAUUGCAAGAUGCCGUCAGUGCUAAGGCGGCUCAAUUCGAAAAGAAAUAUGGGCUUAGUACCAAGAGCGGUGAUAAGAAAACAUCCGCCGGUGCCGCAGCGGCCGCCGCAGCCGGAGGUAGUAUCAUUAAUACACGAUACAGCUAUCCAACAGUGCAGUUAGGAGCUAAACGUAAGGAUCAGGAUUCAUUUAAAGAACGUUUUAGCUAUCCCGGCUCGGGUAUAAGCAAUGAGCGCCGCUUUUCGUCGAAAGAUGCCGCUGCGCGCAUGCAAUUCGAAGACGAGCUGUACGCCAAACGUGAACUGGAGAGCAUUACACAAGUACCUUAUGGCAGAAACACAAACUACAACCAUCAUACCCAUGCUCUCAAGAAUCUACCCGAUUUGAUGCGUCCAAGAAAUCGUAACAGCUAUUGCAACGCUCAUGCCAACGAGGCGCUAAAUUCGCUGAUAUUACGCAGCAACUCCAAUGAGAUAACCAAAGAUGCCAAAUCAGAAAUGGAACGUUCAAAAAUUUCGGUUACACCUUCGUCGCCGAUGCAGAGUCCUCGCUACUCACUUUUAGUUGGCGAUACCAGUUCGGAGAAUAGUUCGGCCGUAAAUACACCACAGUAUGAUUUAGAACCACUGAUGGUGACCUCCGCAAUGUCCGGUUUGUCGGCACUAUCUGGAACAUCUUCACACCAUCAGCAACAGCAGCCAUUAUUAUUAGGUGUAGACUCCAGUAGUUGUAUGGGCACCUCGCACGAAAGUCUUGGCAGCUGUAAUUUCACCUCACAUUCUAACAUCACACACGUCUCACAUCCAGAACGGCGUGACAUGCAUGCCCUCAAACGAGAACUCUCACUCGAUUUACAGCCGCUGAGCUCCAAGAUGACCACCGAUAAUGUAGAUGCCGGUGGAAAUGGUGGUGCUGGACAUGCAUCUACGCUACCCUACAAUAGACAGCGAGAACUCGCACAACAACUCAUUCCUUCGCCAAAUAACUCCAAUUUUACAGACAACACUAGUCAGUCGGUGACGCCCAGCGAAUUCGGCUAUCAGAACCUGCAACGCCAGUCCAGUAUGCAUUCGCUUAUCGAAACCGAGGCGGACUCGCCAGCGUAUGAAGAAUAUGAGAAUACACCCAGCAAUAUGACUUCACCUUUAUUAGGCGCACAAAAACCACCUCCAAUAGGCGGCCCAACGAGCCCAAUACGUGCUACAAUCAGCAUCACCUACAACAUGCGCAGUCCACGUGAGGAAUUGCCGACCAAAUCAUUUGCUGUGAUGCGUGAGAAGACAAAGGCCAAGGGACCGUUAUUGGAAACAAGCUUUGAUGAGAAUAUAGUGUAUGAGCAAGUGAAGUUCUUUCGAAAUUCUGUGACCGAGGUGAAUCAGCUAUUGAGCGAUGAGCGCAAAAGCGGCUUGGCGCUUGAGAGUCUGAAAGAGACCAAUGAAAAUGAGAUGCAAGAUUUUGGCGCUUACGAAAAUAUACCACUACUGGGUAACAAAAAGAGGGACCGUGGAGAUAUCGAGACGAAAGACUGCGAAGUCGAUAUCCAAAUGGGUGGCGAGUCUAGUAAUUUGGAUAGUUUGGAGGAACCCUCUGAAACUGAAGAGGAGCGUUUACUAUAUGAAAAUGUGGAAAUGCGCAAGCCAAAAAGCAUCUAUGAAAAUAUGUUAGGCGAGCAGUUGAAAAAUGUAGAAGAAAAAGCGAAACAGGAAGUCUCAUCAGACAAGUUGGAGCUGGACAGUUUAGAUAGUGUAAAAACGGAUACGGAUGUUGCGUUGACAACAAAAGCGCUGGGUGAAGAAUUUGCCAGUGCAAACGCGCAAGAGCUUGAGCUCGAGCCGCCACACAGCGCAGGGAUCAUCGAAAACUCAGCACGUAAAUCCCCAUCAAAUUUUAGUGUCAAGGAGCUUGCUACCAAGUUCGAAAGUUCGCCCGUCGAGCAGCUGCCUGCCUUUGACUUCAGCUUUCGCAGUUCGAUUAAGAAACACACAAGCGCGGUGGCUGAACUGAAAGCUUCGCAAUCGAGCCUCACAUCAAAUGCCGAGCAGUCUACAGCAAAGGAUGCCUCGAACCCGAGCAACAAACAAAAACUGACGAAGUCACAGCAAAUAACGCGUUCCUUAGAUGAGAAUGCUUUCGUGCGCGAGUUCGGCUCAAAGCAUCUGCAAGAGUUGAGCACGCGUAGUAGCCAACAGCUACCCGAUUUGGCUGAGGUAACUAACCGGCGCAAGAGUUUCGAUUUUACGCGCCCGAAAACACUAAAUCCGCCAAAGCGCUUGCCCGGCAUACCAAUAACCGAAGAGAUUUGUUUAACGAAAAGUGAAAAGGCGACGCCACCAGCUGCGCUCAAGCCGGAAAAGAGUUACAAUCACGCUGCGGCGGACGAAGCGUUAGAAAACGAUUAUGAAACAGCUGAGCUGAAAAUCACGCCAACCACUGAGAAUCGCAUUUCGCUCAUACAAAAUAAUGUGAAUACGCCAACACAGCAAUCUGUGGGCUCAGCAAACUCAACAUCAUCCGCCAUUAAUGCCAGCGCAAGCGAUCUGAGUAACUCAAAUUUGAAUCUAUCGACCAAUAGCCUCAAAGUGCUAUCAGGUGUCAAACUCGACCGCGAGCGCAUUGAUAAAAUUAAAGAGGAACGUCGUCAGCAACUGACACAAAAGUAUCGCGGCGAUACGGCGAACUUCAAGUCGCGCUCCAAAACCGAUCUACACACAUCCUCACACAAGGAUGAUGACAAAUUUAAUGCACCUGAAUCGUUGCGAGUAAAAUCGAAAUCACGCGGUGACAUGCGUGCUCUACAACAGGAAAAUGAGAAUGUAAAGGAAUUGCUGGGUCGUGCACGUCUACUCGCUGGUUCGGAGAGCACGUUGCAUGCUCCUCGUGUGCGUAGCAUUUCCGAUGAAAAGAAUCAAAAUGAUUUAAAUACUACACCAUCAACAACAACGGCUGCAGCUGCUACAAAUAAUUGCAAUUCAAACGCAAAUGCCCCCACCAACGCAGUGCUCACAACAAACGAAGUCGCACCUACAACCAAUACGACGACAUCGUCGGCAGUAAAUGUGAAUUUUUCAAAGAAAGCUCCGCCACAGGAGGAGUUUUCAGCGCGUGCUACUGUACAAAAAUUUGAAAGGAAAAGUUUUGAGUUAGCAAAUGGAACGGCGGGGUCGAUAGUAGUAACCGCGGCAGCACGCGAACGUAAUAGUAGGAGUGAGUUGGCGGGUGGCAGCAGUAAUGGCGCUAGCGGAGUGGGGAGUGUUGCGGCAUUGUCGACCAGUCGGCAAAGUCUAACCUCAACACGUGAGAAGAUCUCACCACAAUUUUCCAUACGUGAUAUGACGGCGAUGUUUGAGUCACGUUCACAAAAUUCGUAAUAAUAAUAAGUUGAAAACGUUAAACGUAUAAUAUAUUACUUUAUGUCAUAGCUACACAUGCAUACAUACAUACACUCAAUAUAAUAUUAUACAUAAAAAAGAACAUACCUACAUACACACCUCUUCGUACUAGGUCUUUACUAGAAUACAAGAACAACAUAACAAUCAUGCUACAAUAUGUAGCACAUAAAUAUUGAACUUGAAAAUAUAUGAAAAACUGAGUGUGUGCGCAUGUAAUUUGCAAAAAAAAUUAUGAUUGUAAUUAAAAAGGUGAAUUUUUUUUUUACGUAAUACUAACGGAUGAAGAAAGAAGUGCAAGAAGUUGUAUGUAAUCAAAUAUGAUGGCUUGAAAACCAUUUAUAACAUUUUUUCUAGCCAAAUUUACUUUGACAAAGCAACAAAAGCUAAAAACAAAAAAAGAAAUUGCAAAAUUGAAAUAAUAAAUUCUAUGCUAUGCUAAAAAAACUUGACAUUUACUAUGUAGAAAAUUAAAAUUAAUUAUUGUGUGCGACGAUUUUCUUAAAUUUUAUGUUAAAUUUGCUAAGAAACAUGAAAUUAAAUUUUAUGAGGAAAGAUAAUUAAUUUAAAAUAAAUUUGAUUUAUAUUAUAAAUUUGUAUGUAUGGAUUGCUUGUGAAAUUAAGCGUUGCGGCUAAUAAUUUUAUGAAGAAAAUAAACUAUUAUUAUUAUUAAUUUUUUUAAUAUUAUAACUGCAUAUUAAAAAUUAUCCAAAGAAAAAAUAAGACAUUGAUUAAAUUUAAGAAAUUAAUGCAUUUCGAAUGAAGCAGCCAAUUUUCGUUGGCAGGGUAAUGUAAAACUUGAAUGAGAAUAACGGUAAAACAGUAAUAACGAGACAAAAGAGCAUUUCUGUUUAUACAUAUGUAUUAGUUGUGUUAAAUUAUUUUAUAAAAAUAAAUUAGUUAAGAUUAAAAAAAAAAACAAAAAAAAUAUUUUUUAUGAGACACCGUUAUAUAAUAAAUGUUUAAACAAAAGUGAGUUAAGAUAUGAAAAUUAAAAAUCGGAACACCCCAUAAAAUCCUGCAUUGAGUGAAAUGUGUUUAAAGUUGCAUUCAAAAAAAUCGUAUCAAAUUAUAGUUCAACUCCACUUCACUUAGAUUUCACCCAUACAUGCAUACAUACAUAAAAACGCCGAGUAUACGAAAACUAGUAGUAGAGCCAACGAUUGCAUGCUAAUUCCUAAAUUUAUAAAACUUAAAAAAAAAUUUUAAAUACUUUGUAAAAAGAAAAUUUGUGAGAAAAUAUUAUUUUACAAAGUAUUUAAAAAAAAAUUAUUUUUGUGGUAAAGCGUCUAAGGUUUUUAAUAAAACUUAAUUCAUUUUAUGUAAAGGUCGAUCAAUUUAGAGGUAUCGAAAUGUAAAUUGAAUAAAAGAACGAACAUUCAAAUUUAUUGGGUAAUCUUUAUUAAUUUUGUGUAGAACCAAUUAUCACACUUAGUUUUUAAAAAUAAUCCCUUUCAAAUGUUGUCCGCAAUUACCAAUUUUGAAUGACUCGCGACUCGCUGGAACAUAUCGGUCGGUAUCUGGUGAAUAAAUUUAAUAAUGUUGGCUUCCAAUGCCUCAAGCGAAGCUAGUUUAUCCACAAAGUACUGAGAAUUUACAUACCCACACACAUAAAAGUCCAAAUGUGUGAUAUCACACGAUCUUGGCGGCCAAUCCACUGGUCUGAGGUGAGACGAGAGAUAAAUUGCUCACCGAAACAACGACGCAGUAAAUCCAUUCUUUCGCGGGUUGUCUGACUGUAUGGCAAGUAGCGCUAGUAGCUUCUUGUUAGAACGAAAUGUUGUGGAAAUCACGUGCUUCAAUUUUCGGCAUCAAAAAGUCGUUUACCAAAGCGUUCGCCAUUCACUGUUACAGUGGCGCCUGCCUCGUAUUUGAAGAAAUAUUGGCUGAUGAUUCCUUCACCCCAUAGGCCGCUUCAAACAGUAGUUUCCAAUGGAAGUAAUGGCUGUUGUGGAAUAUCUUUGGGUUGGUCUUCAGCCAAAAUGCGGUACUUUUGCUUAUUGACAUAGCCAUUAAGCCAAAAAUGGGCCUCAUGGCUGUACACCAUAUUAUAUGUUGGCCUGCGCGCGCGAUGAACACUUUUUGUAAUUUCGUAAUACAUUUGUACCGUUUGUAAACGUUGGUGAAAUGUCAAUGAAUAGUGGAGAAAUUGUGUAUUUAGUUUAACGGUAGUUAUGCGUGUUCUGUCACAAAAACCGGGAAAGUACCUCCAAUCUGAUCGCCCUUUACAUACAUGAAAUUUUGUUUGAAGUAAGAGGCUUUUUUAAACACAUUCUUAGAUUUUUUAGAACUUAUUCUUCGAAAUUUUCCAAAUUGGUAUAUAAUCAGAAAAAAUGUGUAGCUAGAAUGUUUUUCUUAUUGUA